UUAUCUAGUUACUCCCCUUAGAAUUAAUUUUGUAAUUUGUUCUUCAGUUCAAAUGGAGGAAACGUACAAUCCGGUUGCUGGUAUUUUCCGUGAAAACACUGAAAAGCAUGAGAAUGGGGAGGAUUCUGAGGAUGAUGAUGAAGGAGAGCUACAGUGGCUUGGAUACAAGGAUGUGCAGGCCAUGGCAGGGGGCCACCAGCUAGUGCCUUAUUCACGUACAAAGAGGUGCAAGGGGGAUUUGAUAAAUGUUCAGACCAGACGUCAGACAGGAGUGGCAGGUCUCUUUCCUCUGAAAGAUCCAUGGUGGCAGACGGUGAUUUUGAGAACAAAGAAAAACAAACAAAAUGUGACCGAACCAAAGGACUGGAAUGCUGUAUGUUAUAAGCUUAGAGACGACCCACAAAGGACAGAAGAGAACCAUGUACAGAUGCUGCUUACAAAACUGUCAGCUGCGUAUGAUAUGAAGAAUGCAAAGGAAGAGUCAUGGAUUACCAGAAAGAAUAAUGAAUUCUAUGAUUUUCUCAAGGAGAGGAACCAGGAGGCGUGUUUGGAGCUGGAUAAUCUGGAAGAACGUCUGGAAUCAUUCGUUUCAUGGUCACACAAGCAAACGAAGAAGUCAGAGAGGCCUGAUGAUGAGGAAGACCCGCUCCAGGAGGGGAAGAAAAUCUGUGAUGAAACCAGUGUCUUUCAAAACACUGUGUUGCAUUCUGACGAGAUGCGGUGUAUCAUGGCUGCGCGGGAUUUUCCCCAGUUGCUACGCUACCUGCCUCAGCUGGUGCCGGGCUUCUUCCUGAAGGUCAUCACCAUGGAAACCAAGUACCUGGAGAAGGUCAACACACUCUUGGAGGAACAUCCGGGGGACAUGGCCUUCAAGGAGCUGAUGAAGAAACACACAGGUCUGCUGGGGUUUGAGACUUCGAGCGAGGCCCUUGUUAGGAGUGGGCUGAUGGGCAAGGUUCCAGAGGAGGAGCGAGGGGCUAUAUACAUGUAUGAGUACAUAAAGCGUGACACUCGAGAGAACGGCCACACCUGUGUUCUCUGUGAGAAGAUGAUGGAUGCAUUAGGUCCAACAGUACGGACCCUGGAGGAAUCCCUGGAAUUUCUGAACGGGUGUAAGAUAACCAAGACUGUAGUGGAGGGCAGUCGACGUCUCGUCUACCUGAUGACGCUGUGGAAGGCUGAACAGAAGAUCGCCAAGGGCGUUGACAAACUCAUUAGGCUGAACACAGAACAGCCUUGGGAGCUGGAUGUUGACUUCAACAGUGAUGAGUUUGAGAGUAUACGUUCUGAUGUGGACCAGUUAAGAGCGGCUCACCUCAUUUCCUCCAAGCCGGUUGUUGUAAUCUCAGGCAAGGGCGGGUGUGGGAAAACAUACGUUGUCACGAAAGUGAUCACUUCUGCACAGGCCAACAGACAGGCAAAAGGAAGUUUUUAUGAACAAGCAGGCAAUAUUGGGAUGGAUGAUGAAACACAGGACAUGACAGAUUCUGAAGUUACCCAGGGAGAGAAUGAGGAACUCAGCUUCAGGGUGGGGACAUGCGUAGACAACAGCCAGGGAAUGGGGCAGGACGGGGACCAAGACCCUGGGUCUGGGGAGGAUGGUGUGCCAGAGAAGGUAGAGCUCCUGUUGACAGCCCCAACAGGCAAGGCUGCCAACCUGCUGGGCAAGCGGGCAAAACAUCCCUCCUUUACGCUACAUCAGGUCAUAUUCAGCUUCAGGAACAUGGAGCCUGGGCAGCCAUGGCGACAUGCAGAAGUGAACACACUGGUUGUAGAUGAAUGCAGCCUGGUAGCCGUGACAACAUUUGCCUUUCUCGUUGAGCUUUUGCAGAAGAAUGCGAGGCUGCGGCGGGUGGUGUUAUUAGGCGAUGUGAGACAGCUACCCUCCAUAGAACCAGGAAACUUUCUACCCGAUACAUUCUCCUCCCUGGAUAGGAUUGGCUGCUCAGUAGAGCUUCGCAACAAUCACCGGGCCGAGUCACAGCUGAUAGUGGAUAACGCCACCCUGAUAUCAAAGAGGCAGUUUCCAAGGUUUGAGAAGGAGAAGUUCGUAUUCAGAUCACUCCCUGAGAAUCAGCCAGCCAAGUCAGGAAAUGAUUACAUGUCGCAGGACAUCCUUGUUGAGGUACAGAGCCUUCUGGAGCACGAGGCACUCGGGGAUCACACCACGUCACAGUUCAUCAGUUUUACUAGAAAAGUUUGUGAGGCCAUCAAUGAUAUUUGCUGCAGUAAGUACAGUAAACAUCGUAUCCGGGACAGCAAGGGAAAGAUUGACUUGCAGAUCGGGGAUAAAAUCUGCUGCACUAAGAAUGGGUAUGUGGCGCGUUAUGAGGACGAGGGUGGAACCAUGUCAUGUCAUACCCAAAGUCAGUUUGACAAGAAGGAGGAAGAGGAUGGCGGAGUGCAGAGAUUUGUGAGUGAGGAUGACCCCUCCGACAUCUCCACCCUACCCUCACAGGCCACACCCCUCCAUGCAAAGGGUCACAACUCAGAACAGGCGCCUGGCAAGGGAGACAAAUCCAGUAAGAAGAGGAAUGAAAUCAGGCUGUGCAAUGGGGAGAUAUUCUUCAUUAUGGAUGAGAAGGUGAUCAUUAAAGAUCGAAAUGAGUUCCAGACAUACCUGGAGUUAUGGGACGGAGACAAGACAGGGGGUCUGAGGUUCUGGGCUGACAAAAAAGAGCUGAAGGCCAAGUGUAAGAUACAGCACGCCUGGGCAAGGACUAUCCACACUUUCCAGGGCUCCGAGACAGACAAUGUGGUGUAUAUAGUCGGCAGUCGCACUUGGCGCCAGAACUGGCAGCAUGUGUACACAGCAGUCACACGUGGGCGGAAGACUGUGUUUAUUGUUGGGCAGGAAACAAACUUGCGCAAUGCCAUCAAGAGACAGGAGAUCAAGAGACAGACCAGCCUCAAGAAACAGAUUGUUGACCUCUUCCAUAAAAACAAAGAUGUAAAAGGUACAAUGGCACCAGGAACACCUGUGAAGAGCCAAAUCCCAGCCAAUCAAAUUCUACCAGGAAGAUCACAUGCUUUCCAGAUACAUCCAAUCAACAACUUUGUUACUGAAGCCGGUAGCCCCAAAUUAAAUGAUACACAGAUGAUGACAAAUGUCCUGACAUCGUUAGCACACGAACAUGAUGAGGAGGAUGGUUUGGGAGAGGAUAUUGUGGAAUAUGAUAGUGAUGGGUCUGACAGCAUCCUCACAGUUAUAAAACCUCCACAAAGACCACCAGCUUCAGCACAACAUAAGCCUAGUAACAAACUGUCCUUCAAUGCCCAGUGUGACAGUGUAAAGAAUUCAGGUAAAAGCUUUAAGCAGAUAAAGCAAAUAAAUCAUUCAGUGAUUCCUGCUGAAAUUGAAACUGAUCUCAUUAAGCAUAGUGAUGAGUCUGAUGCUGAUUCAGAUGAUUCUGUAAGUAUUCUUGCUACACCAGAACUGAAAAAGGGCAUGAAAAACGUGGGGAAACAUUCAGGGUGUGAAAAUUCCCAUGGUAACCAAGUAACACUGGCACAAUCUCCUGUUACAGCCAAGGAGAAUGUAUUAAGUAGUGAAUCGGAUGAAACAGAAGAAGAUAUUGAUGCAGAUUUAUUUGAUUCACAGAGUCUGAUCUCUCCUCAUGUGAAACCAAACAGGACUAUUAUAUCACAACGACUUUCAUUAAAACGCUCUUGUCACUCUACAAGAGUCAAAUAUACAAACAAAGAACAAAAUGUAAUUGACAUGUUCAGUCUUGCCCAAAAUGAGAUAAAUGUACAUUCAAAUAGUCACUCAAAACAAGACAAGUGUACAAGUGCUGACCAGACCCCUAGCUGCCAAAAGCAAGCCAUCCUCUUCAAAUCCCUUAUCCCCUGGUCUCGUGAUGAGGAAGGGAGAGGUAAAAAUGCAACCAGUUCCCCUCUCGCAGACAACGCUCACUCAAAUGCUCAAUUCCAAUUCACUCCUGGAUUAAGUAGUACUUUCUCCACUCUCGAAAGAUUUCGGACAGGAGGUUUUGCUAAACACUCCAAAUUUGAUAGAAAUAUUGUGUCUCCAAUAGGUAGAAAACAGGAGUCCCCUGUACUAUUUGAAUCACCACCUGUUUUAAAAACUGGAAGAAAUAGUGCUUUGUUUGAUAUACAGGAUCCUAAGAGCAAUGAGUCUAUGCAAUCACAAUGGUCAGAUGUAGAUGAAAGUGACUUUCUUAAGUUUGGUGAUGAAAGUCACAUACAAAGUGUGUCUGCCACUGGUAAUGAAUUGUACUUGGAUGUGAAUAAUAGAAAAGGUGAGAGUGAAGCAUCCCGAACAAUUGCCAAUCAUUUACACAAACAGCAAUGCACCAACACCAGUCAGUGGUCAGAGGUUGAAGAUGAACAAUACAUGACUUUAAAUCUAGAGGACAUUCAUCACAUGACCUUACCUGGUAGCCAUUGUGCAGCAGGUGAAGAUGUUCCAUUAUCUCCAGCUAGUAACUGGACUUCUAGAAGUAGCAUUAGCCCGGCGCACACAUCUGCCUGCACUACGCCUGACACAUCGUCCUCUACUUCAAGGUCACUAGGUUCAACUCCAAGGAAACGGAAGCACUCUGGUCAUGAUGAAGUUGAUGCUGUUAGUGUGUCACCGUUGAAACGAACAUUAGAACAGCUCAGCAUGUCACCCUGAUAAUCUUUAUUUGUGCAUUUCUGACACUAGAUUAAAAUAUACAGGAUUUAGAAUAAACAGUUCUUAAUUUGCAUUUUUAUUUGAAAAAGUAAAAACUUAAGAAGUUAGAUAUUAAUUUCUUUUUGCAAUUAUGUGCUUGAUGGAUUUGGCUGGAAAUCGUAUACAUGUACAGCAUUAGAAAAGUAGUUUUAUUGUGUCGCCUGAAAAGACGACAUAUAGGGGUUACUUUUGUCGGCGGCGUCGGCGGCGGCAUCGGUGGCGGCGGCGGCGGCGUCUGCGUCCCAUUUUCGCUUGUCCGGGGUAUAUCUCCUAAACUAUUAGUGGUAUCAACUUGAAAUUUCAUAUGCAGAUAGAUCUAAUUGAGGGCAAGUGCAGUGCACAAGAACUGUUGCUCUUGCUUCCACAUUUUUAGAGUUAUUGCCCUUAGUUAUUUUUCAUGCUUAAAGUUUUGUCCGGGGCAUAUCUUGUAGAAUAUAAGAGUUAUCAACUUGAAACUUCAUAUGUAGAUAGAUCUCAUGGAGAGCAAGUGCAGUGCACAAGAACCGUAACUCUUGCUUUCUUAGUUUUAAAGUUUUUGCCCUUUGUUAAUUUUCAUGCUUAAAGUUUUGUCCGGGGCAUAUCUUGAAGAAAAUAAGAGGUAUCAACUUGAAACUUCAUAGUUAGAUAGAUCUCAUUGAGGGCAAGUGCAGUGCACAAGAACCGUAACUCUUGCUUUCUUAGUUUUAAAGUUAUUGCCCUUUGUUAAUUUUCAUGCUUAAAGUUUUGUCCGGGGCAUAUCUUGAAGAAUAUAAGAGGUAUCAACUUGAAACUUCAUAGUUAGAUAGAUCUCAUUGAGGGCAAGUGCAGUGCACAAGAACCGUAACUCUUGCUGCCAUAUUUUUAGAGUUAUUGCCCUUUGUUAUUUUUUUUGCUUAAAGUUUUGUCCGGGGCAUAUCUUGAAGAAUAUAAGAUAGCUAGAUAGAUCUCAUUGAGGGCAAGUGCAGUGCACAAUAACAGUAACUCUUGCUUUCUUAGUUUUAAAGUUAUUGCCCUUUGUUAAUUUUCAUGCUUAAAGUUUUGUCCGGGGCAUAUCUUGAAGAAUAUAAGAGGUAUCAACUUGAAACUUCAUAGCUAGAUAGAUCUCAUUGAGGGCAAGUGCAGUGCUUAAGAACUGUAACUCUUGCUGUCAUAUUUUUAGAGUUAUUGCCCUUUGUUAGUUUUGUCCGGGGCAUAUCUUGAAGAAUAUAAGAGGUAUCAACUUGAAACUUCAUAGCUAGAUAGAUCUUAUUGAGGGCAAGUGCAGUGCACAAGAACCGUAACUCUUGCUGCCAUAUUUUUAGAGUUAUUGCCCUUUGUUAGUUUUGUCCGGGGCAUAUCUUGAAGAAUAUAAGAGGUAUCAACUUGACACUUCAUAGCUAGAUAGAUCUCAUUGAGGGCAAGUGCAGUACACAAGAACCGUUACUCUUGCUGCCAUAUUUUUAGAGUUAUUGCCCUUUGUUAAUUUUCUUGCUUAGGUUUUGUCCGUGGCAUAUCUCGUAAACUAUCAAAUGCCACCUACACUUGAAAGUUAAAUGGCAACAUCAUUGUCUAUAAAUGAAUAAAAUGCCAAUCUAACAGCUAUAAUGUCGACAGUAAAUAAUUCGUCAGGCGACACAUCCGAUCGCGGAGUUCUAGUUUUAAAUAUGAUUGACAUGUUGCCACAAGAAGAAGGGAUAUUCUGAUAAGUUGCAAUUUUCAUUCACUGACUCCCAUUUGAGGCCACGUAAAGCCCAAGGAGUUGUUUUGUCCACACUUAUUUUACUUGACAAAUGUAGGGAUAUAAGAAUAAUCGAGCAGUGUGAUAGGCAAUAACUGAUUGCAUGAUCUUGGUGUUGAUAAUUGCUAUGUGGCUAUAUACUGUAUAAUUGGUAAAACUAUUGUAGAACAGCAGUAUUAAUUAUGCUGUAUGCAGCUAAAAGCUUCGAGUCUCUAGCUUAUCAUUAAAAAAUUAUUUCCAAACUACAGAACAAAAUCAGCAUUAUAAUUUGCUUUCAUGUUCAUGCAUUGUCAAGUACACUUAGUUGCAUUUAAAUGCAGCUUUUUGUUAUUUAAUACUACUUAAGUUUAAAACUUCUUUUGAUUUCAAAUACAUUAUAAAAAAUUAUCGAAAUGACUUGUUACUUUUCCUUUGAAUGAUUAAGAAGUUAGACUGAUUUUCAAUUCCUGGACAAAUUUUUUUUUGAAAUAGGUUUAUUACCAAACACAUUUCAUUGGUGUUUCAAGAACUGUGCUUUAAUUAUGGUCAUGAAAACUAUGAAUACAAUAGUAGUUCAUCAGAUACAGUGAAAAACCCAAUCUCAGUGUGAUUUGCCUUCAAACUGAGAACUGACAUUCUUUAAAAUAUACCGAAUGUGUUCAUUAUGAUAUAAGUUGUGUUCAUUAUGAUAUAAGUUGUGUUCAUUAUGAUAUAACUUGUGUUCAUUAUUAAAUUUACCAUUAUUGUGUGUUCAUCAUGAAGCGUUAUGCUUAAAAUUGAAAAAAUGCUAUUGUAACAGAUAAUUGUAUUUAACCAUUAGCGAGUGUUCAUGUAGCGUUAAACUUUCCUUGUAACCAGGCAGAAACGUCUGUAGGUAGCAUGCUGUAUAACAUGAUUGCAGUGUUAUAGAUAUUCAUGAAAAAGUUCAUUACAUGCUGUAUAACAUGAUUGUGGUGUUAUAGAUAUUCAUGAAGGAGUUCAUUACAUGCUGUAUAACAUGAUUGCGGUGUUAUAGAUAUUCAUGAAGGAAUUCAUUACAUGCUGUAUAUCAUGAUUGCGGUGUUAUAGAUAUUCAUGAGGAGUUCAUUACAUGCUGUAUAACAUGAUUGCGGUGUUAUAGAUAUUCAUGAGGAGUUCAUUACAUGCUGUAUAACAUGAUUGCGGUGUUAUAGAUAUUCAUGAAGGAGUUCAUUACAUGCUGUAUAACAUGAUUGCGGUGUUAUAGAUAUUCAUGAGGAGUUCAUUACAUGCUGUAUAACAUGAUUGCGGUGUUAUAGAUAUUCAUGAGGAGUUCAUUACAUGCUGUAUAACAUGAUUGCGGUGUUAUAGAUAUUCAUGAGGAGUUCAUUACAUGCUGUAUAUCAUGAUUGCGGUGUUAUAGAUAUUCAUGAGGAGUUCAUUACAUGCUGUAUAACAUGAUUGCGGUGUUAAAGAUAUUCAUGAAGGAGUUCAUUACAUGCUGUAUAACAUGAUUGCGGUGUUAUAGAUAUUCAUGAAGGAAUUCAUUACAUGCUGUAUAUCAUGAUUGCAGUGUUAUAGAUAUUCAUGAGGAGUUCAUUACAUGCUGUAUAUCAUGAUUGCAGUGUUAUAGAUAUUCAUGAAGUAGUUCGAUUGCAGUGUUAUAGAUAUUCAUGAAGUAGUUCAUUACAUGCUGUAUAUCAUGAUUACAGUGUUAUAGAUAUUCAUGAAGUAGUUCAUUACAUGCUGUAUAUCAUGAUUGCAGUGUUAUAGAUAUUCAUGAAGUAGUUCGAUUGCAGUGUUAUAGAUAUUCAUGAAGUAGUUCAUUACAUGCUGUAUAUCAUGAUUGCAGUGUUAUAGAUAUUCAUGAAGUAGUUCAUUACAUGCUGUAUAUCAUGAUUGCAGUGUUAUAGAUAUUCAUGAAGUAGUUCAUUACAUGCUGUAUAUCAUGAUUGAAGUGUUAAAGAUAUCCAUGAAGGAGUUCAUUACAUGCUGUAUAUCAUGAUUGCAGUGUUAAAGAUAUUCAUGAAGUAGUUCAUUACAUGCUGUAUAUCAUGAUUGCAGUGUUAUAGAUAUUCAUGAAGGAGUUCAUUACAUGCUGUAUAUCAUGAUUGCAGUGUUAUAGAUAUUCAUGAAGUAGUUCAUUACAUGCUGUAUAUCAUGAUUGCAGUGUUAUAGAUAUUCAUGAAAUAGUUCAUUACAUGCUGUAUAUCAUGAUUGCAGUGUUAUAGAUAUUCAUGAAGGAGUUCAUUACAUGCUGUAUAUCAUGAUUGAAGUGUUAUAGAUAUCCAUGAAGGAGUUCAUUACAUGCUGUUUAUCAUGAUUGAAGUGUUAUAGAUAUUCAUGAAGGAGUUCAUUACAUGCUGUAUAUCAUGAUUGCAGUGUUAUAGAUAUUCAUGAAGUACCGGUAGUUCAUUACAUGCUGUAUAUCAUGAUUGCAGUGUUAUAGAUAUUCAUGAAGGAGUUCAUUACAUGCUGUAUAUCAUGAUUGCAGUGUUACAGAUAUUCAUGAAGGAGUUCAUUACAUUCCUCCAACUCAGAGCCUGGCCCCGAUUUCUCGAAACUUCUUAAGUGUCUUAUAACAGGAUUAAGCUAAGCUCAUUUUUUUGGUGUUCAAUAAUUUGCAUAAUAUUACAUUCUUUGAGGGUUUUGAUAGGAAUUAUCAUUAUGAUAAUCACAAUAAACCAUUUUUCAUUUAUCAAAAUGAAAUUUAAGUAUGUAUUUUGGCUUAUUGAAAUAAGCUACUUAAGCUUAUUAAGCUUAAGAAGUUUCGAGAAAUUGGGGUCCGUUGUUUUGUAUCCUUUAAUUAAACUCCUCAUGUUUAGUCAUGUUUGUUUGUUUUUCUUACCUAGUUAACCCUUUUUGACUCUUAAAAUACUGUUGUCUUUGUAUUGAAGUUGGAACUGCUUUUCUAAAACUAUCUAAAAGAUUCAUUUAUCACAGAUCUUCAUGUUAGAUCUUCAUGUUAGUUUUGCAAUGAAACAUCACUUCUUUUCAUUUUUGUUCUGUGUAGCUUUAGAAUUGUUGACAUCAUAAUCGAUAUAUUAAUUCAUGAUUUGGUUCUGUUCUUGGCUGCCUAACAACAAUAAAGUAUUUUAUAUUUUUAUAAGCAUGAAACAGAAUACUGUAUUGAUAUUGACUGUUAUAUUAAAUAAUAAAUGUUUAGU